UUCCCCAGCAAUCAACAGGAAGACUGGAGGCAAAAGAUAGAGGCUGCACUCUGCAAGAGAGGAAGGACGCAGACGUCCAGCUGUAGAGUCCGGACAAAGAGAAACAUAACAGAGGUGAAGAAAUGAGCAAUAACCAGAACGAGGUGAAGAAAAUCCAGUCAGUUUAUCUGCAGAACUUGGAGAAACUGAACCAGGGACUAAAGCCUGAGAAGAAGAACUGGAAACCUAAAGAAGGAGAGUUUGUUGUGCAAACAUCAAUGGAAAAGCUGCGACUACCUCCCAAAACCGGACAAGUGGCCAAAAGCUCAGCUAACAGGAUCAGCAGAGACCUGACCUGCUCCAUAUGCUUGGAUCUCUUCAAGCUGCCUGUGUCUUUGCCCUGCGAUCACACCUUCUGCAAAGGCUGCAUUGAGGGUUACUGGGCAGGGCCCCGAGGCCCCGGGCAGGGGGGCACGGGCUCCUGCCCCCAGUGCAGGAAGGUGUACCCUGGGCAGAGCUACCGGCCCAACCGCAUUGUCGCCAACAUCGUGGAGAGCUACUGUCAGGGUCUGGAGGAGAGUGGGAGUGGAGGCUGCCUGUCGGACACCGGGCCAGCGGAGAAGGUCCCGGCUCCGGUGCCCUGCUGCAGCCGGCACAGGGAGGAGCUGAAGCUGUACUGCGAGGAGGACCAGGAGCUGGUGUGCCUGGUGUGCGGCGUCUCCCAGGAACACAGAAACCACACCAUGAUGUGCGUCCAGGAGGCUGAGCAGAAAUACAGGGGCUUUCUAAACAGCUCCAUGGAUUCCUUGAAAGCUGAGCUCAACACAGCUCUGCAGUGUGACAGGGAAGCUGAGGAUGAAGUCAAAAAGCUCAAGGAGCACACGGCAGACCUGAAGCAGCGCAUCGAGGCCCAGUUCAGUGACCUGCACCAGUUCCUGUAUCAGGAGGAGAAGCUGCUGCAGGUGAAGCUGAAGACUGAGGAGCGGAGGGAGCUGAUCCGCCUGGAUGAGCACAAGGCCCUGCUGUGCGUGGAGAUCUCCCGUCUGCAGAGGGCCGUGCACGAGAUAGAGGACAAACUCAGAGAGCAGGACCCGUUCACUCUGCUCCGGAGCAUCAAAGUCCUGCUCCAGAGACCUUCUCUGAAGUUUGAGAAACCGGUGCUCACACCCCCGAGCCUGUGCGAGGGCCGCUUCGCUGGACCUCUGCAGUACAGAGCCUGGAAAUCUAUGAAGGGAAGCCUUUAUCCAGUUCCAGCAGCCAUCACGUUUAACUCCAGCACAGCCAACCCAUGGCUCAGCCUGAGCUCCUCCCUCACCUGCGUCCGCUACCAGAACUUUAACCACACCGUGGAGGACAACCCCGACAGGUUCAAUGCCGCCUUGUCGCUUCUCGGAAGCCAGGGCUUCACUCACGGGCGACACUACUGGGAGAUCGAGGUCUACAGCAGCACGGUCUGGACAGUAGGGGUGGCCCGGGAGUCGGUGUCCAGGAAAGGAGUCAUCAAAGCCCUUCCAACCAAUGGCUUCUGGACUCUCUCCCUCUCUUACGGGAUUCAAUACAUGGCGGGUACAUCCCCUCCAACUGUACUGUCCCUGGAGGAGCCGCUGGCCCGGAUCGGCGUAUAUCUGGACUACAAGCGGGGCCUGGUUUCCUUUUACAAUGCUGAAAGCAUGACACACCUGUACACCUUCAGGGAGACCUUCACAGAGACUCUGUUCCCGUACUUCAACCUCGGCUUCCUGGAUAAAGUGCAUGAAAACGAGCCUCUCAAAGUUUUCCUACCAAAGAUUUAAAGACAAAAAAGGAAUAGAGUGAACAAUUACCAACCCUUCUUGAUUUAAAAAACAGAAAUAUCAUUCAUACUUUUUCAUUGUACAGAACUGUGAAAUCAAAUCGAUUCAAGUGUGUAAAGUAUAUACAAUUUUAUAUUUAUGUAUCUCAAAAGAUCGAGUUGCUCAGAACCAUAACAUUUAAAAUUUAUGAGUUUGUAUUUAAAUCUUCUGCUACACAUUUUGUUUCUGAGAAGCUGUGCUUCAUUGAAGAAUAUACUGUGUAAAAUAAAGACAUUAAAGAGUA